AUGCGUCAUCCGCUCCAGGGACCGAAGUGCACCUUCUCUGACUAUUUCCAUGCUACCUGGAAGCAGAGAUGGCCUGCCAUUUGGUCCGGACUCCUUCUGACGCUGGGUAACUGGGGUUAUGCGAGUGCUGGAAGCAAGCUCGGCUUUGCUAUUGGAUAUGCGUUGAGCCGUGGUACGCUGCUGGUGUCCGCUCUGCUGGGUGUGUUCGUUUACAAGGAGUACAAGGGAGCUGACUGCAAGACGUGGACAGUUCAGAUCGUUUCUCUGCUCCUCUUCCUCGCCUCGAUUCUUAUGGAGGCCAUGGCUAGUGAAUAAAAUAAUAGGUUUGAUUGA